AUGGCGCACAUGAAUGGUGAAAAUGUUAAAAGAAAGGCUUCGGAAGAUGCCUCAUCGUCUCGAUCGAAGAAGGCGCGGACAGAAUCCCCCAUCCUUGAUGAAGGCGACGUCACAAAACAAGAAGAGUCUGACUCCGAACCUCUAAUUACACCCACCCCAGUUGAUUUCCCCGAGAAAUCUGCAGUCCUCGAAGAGAAACAGGGUCUGAUUGAGUUCAGAGUCGUCAACAACGAUAAUUCGAGAGAGCAUAACAUCAUCCUAACCGGAUUGAAGUGUAUUUUUCAGAAACAGCUACCCAAGAUGCCCAAAGACUACAUUGCACGACUAGUAUAUGACAAGACCCAUCUUUCAAUCGCCAUCAUCAAGCAGCCUCUCGAAGUCGUGGGCGGAAUCACAUACCGACCUUUCAAUUCGCGCAAGUUUGCGGAGAUUGUGUUCUGCGCUAUCUCUUCGGAUCAGCAGGUCAAAGGAUACGGAGCACAUCUUAUGGCUCACCUGAAAGACUAUGUGAAGGCAACCUCUCCAAUAAUGUAUUUUCUCACCUAUGCCGACAAUUACGCCAUUGGGUACUUUAAAAAGCAGGGUUUUACUAAGGAAAUCACCCUGGACAAAUCUAUAUGGAUGGGAUAUAUCAAGGACUACGAAGGAGGCACUAUCAUGCAGUGUAGCAUGCUGCCCAAGAUUCGAUAUCUACAGGUACCACGAAUGUUACAAAAGCAGAAAGAAGCGGUCAUGGCGAAAAUCCGGGCAGUGAGCAAGUCACACAUUGUCCAUCCUCCGCCAGCUGCAUGGAAGAAUGGUGUCUGCGAGAUCGAUCCAAUGUCGAUCACCGCGAUCAAGGAAUCAGGCUGGUCUCCCUCCAUGGACGAGCUAUCACGCCAGCCUCGUCAUGGCCCGAAUUAUAACCAGCUCCUGCAUCUCCUCAAUGACAUGCAGAACCACACGGCAGCUUGGCCUUUUGCUCAACCAGUGAACAAAGACGAAGUGCCAGAUUACUAUGAGGUGAUCAAAGAGCCAAUGGAUUUGUCCACCAUGGAGGAACGCCUACAGAACGAUCUAUACCCAAGGCCCGAGGAUUUCAUCAAAGAUGCGAAGCUAAUCUUCGACAAUUGUCGCCGCUACAACAAUGAGACUACUCCAUAUGCUAAAAGCGCAAACAAGCUAGAAAAGUUCAUGUGGCAGCAGAUCAAGAACAUUCCCGAGUGGUCGGUAAGUAAUGCUGUGAUCUUCGGCAUUUUCGACCGGUUUGCUGACUUUUCUUUAGCACCUUGCAGACUAAUGCUAUGA